UGACAGUCAAAUGUUUUCUCUGUCAUUGAGAGAGGUUUGAUAUCGCGGCUGGUUCGUCUCUCAGGCCAGUCCUGUAAAGAGGUAAAACGUUUUUCGUGUUUGUCGGACAAUUUUCUGUAGCGUGUAAGUUUGUUCUAGUGAGUAGAUGACACUUGAUGGGAGGUCACAGGGCGGGGUCCACUCAGCCCAGGAAAAGGUCCAGCAGGCAAGCAUGCUGCGUGCAGCACCAUCCAGCAAAGCCACAUUCUGCAGCGAGUGACAGUAAUGGUGGCAGGAAAAAAACUUCGGUGAUUACUGCAUCUGCGCAUCUGAAGUCAGUGUAACGUAAAGGGUCACAUCAAGUCGCAAGAAGAACAGACGACAUGCACACCUGAUUCAAACGUCCAGCACAGGUGAACAGGCUUGAGACGAUGGACCGAGGUACCUUAAACAAACCCGUUGCUAUGGUGACCUGGAUGUUGUUAUCAUCGGGGAAGCUGCAGCUUGUGAUCCUCUUCACUUUCAUCGCCCUCAUCGAACUCCUGCUCAGCGUGUCCAUAUUUGUCUGCCCUUGCGAGACGGAGCUAAAAAGGCUGUACGGGUUGUCGUUCUUGAUCGUCCCAGCUGUGAUGCUCUUCCUUGCUGACUUUCCUUGGAAGUUGGUCCAGCCUCGUCCUCCUGCUCGAAUUCUUCUGUACAUGUCACGGCGCCCUUUAGGUCUGGGACUAACGUGGUUCAUAGUCGGACUGAUUGAACGGAAAUUCGUGAGUUGCAUGGUCAAUGAUUUCAAUGAGGAAUGUGAACAAGACAAUCGAGUCACGUGGUUGCAGUUGGCUGGCCUGUACCUAUGGCUAGCAGUUGUUAUAACAAUUAUCAUCUUACUGUUAUGGCGACGGCGGAAUGGAAACUAUGGAGACGGUGGGUCGAUGGCGGAGCUGAUAACAAAGUUUGAAAUUAACGAGAGCAUGGAAAAGGAGGCGUUGCAAAAAAGGAUUCGCUAUGGGUCCACGCGUGUUCCUUGUGAAGAUGACGUCAGCCUGGCCGUGAUGCAGGUCGUGCAGCCCGGAUCAGCAGCCGCACGUACGAGGCGUUGGCGAGGGAGCAGCUGCUGCGCUGGUCCAUCUUGUCACAGCUGCGUGACGACGACCUCCUGACCCUGGACGUGUCCUUGGCCCAGCGCUGUCUGCUGCGAGGUCUGCUGACCCAGCUGCGCCUGAACCCUGACCUCGUACAGUGCAUGCGUCAGAACAAGUCCCAGACCCCUCCGGGACUGGACCCCACGAACGUGGUGUAGAGUUUGCUUUGUGACCACCUAUACAUACCCUGCAAGCUCAUAAAGAACUCAACCUGAUGUUUGGCUGUGAUGUGGGACUGUGAUGUGGGGCUGUGAUGUGGGGCUGUGUGAUGUGGGGCUGUGAUGUGGAUGUUCUACUCGCUGGGGCACAGUCCCAAGUCGCCCUGUGCCUCCACGACUCCAGACAUAUCGUGUGGGGUUAGGUCACAGUUCGGGGAUUUUCUAGGGUAGAAUCACCCUAAUAGUGGGAUUACUCAUACAUCUAAUGCGAUAGACAAAAAAUAUAAAAGCGAUGCUUCUAGCUAAUUAUUUUUUGUAAAUAUUAUUACAGUGUAUACAGCUUAAUAUUAGAACUUCUGCUUCUGGUCCGGUUAAACAGUUGUUAGUUUUAGUCGUUAUAGUUUUUAACCUUAUGUGACAGGAGGUGGGACCCGUGCAUGAGAGCAAUAGGUCAGCAUGCUGACUUAAGAAACAAAUCAGAGGAAGGAAAGAGAUUUGUGUGCACCUUCAAAUUGUACAGAUGUUCCAAGCCUGAGGUUGUUUGUUUUUCAUUUCCCAUUUCAUUGACAAUCUCCUGUUCCUGUUGGUGUACCUCGAGACGAUUCUGUGAUUAGCGAUAGAAUCGAAAAUUUUAUUUAAAAAAAAUGCACGUUUAAAAUAGUCGUGCUUCUUUUCAUCUCUUAAUAACUUAAUGAGUAAUCAGAUUUUUUUUUUUAAGUAUAAGUUUGCAUUAGAAAAGCAGGGGAGAUCACUUAACUCGUGACUCAAAUUUCUGCCUUAUUGUCUCCCUUACUCACAGUCUCCCUUGUUAUUGAUUUACAUCUGAGAAAGAGCAUGAUGUUCUCUAAGAAUAUAUUAAACGGCACAGGUGAUUUAAAGACAUCUGUGUCGACUGCUUCCUGCCCCAACUGAUCCGCUGCAAAUUUGUGGAAUUGGUGAGAUGAUUUUUUUUUCACCUUCGUGCAUUUCUUUCACACCCAGUGCACAUGAAGGUUCUCUCAAAACCGCGAUACCCAUGGACACCUGAACUUGUGCUUUCCAAGUGUCAGAACUGAUUGUUUCAAUCUGAAAUUAGCAUUUUAAUAUCAUUUUAAUUAUCUUGUGAUAACUGUUGCUGUCUGCAAAAAUUUUCUUAAAGGUCAUAAGAAAGGUACUUUGAGACUAGUCAGCUUAAUGUGUUUUCAUGUCAUGCUAUAUCUUGUCUUUAUGUUUAAUGUUAUUUCUUUUUUAAUAUUUGGUUAGUGCAGUCUGACUUCCAUUUGCUGCAAUGCUGCGCGAUAUAAACACUAUUAGCGCAAAAUAAAAUAACUUAAUAAUAAAAUAUAAAGACAGAAAUUUAAAAA